UUUUUUUAUAACUUUUAUUAUUAUUGUUUUUCUUUUUUCUUAAUUAAAUAAUAAAAUAUGGCUCUUUUUGUAGGAAAAAUACCCAGGGAUAUGAAUGAUCGUGAUCUUGAAGAUACUUUUAUAAAGUAUGGAAAGAUUACUCGUCUUAACGUUAAACAAGGUUAUGGUUUUGUUGAAUUUGAAGAUAAACGUGAUGCCGAAGACGCUAUUAAAGCUAUGAAUGAAAGAGGCGAGCUUAUCGUUGAAUGGGCUAAAAAUAAUGGUAAAAAAGCUGGUAAAAAUGAAUGUUUUCAUUGUGGAAAAGAAGGCCAUUGGGCUCGAGAUUGUGCUGAAGGAGGUAAUCGACGCAACGGUGGUUAUGAAGGAAGAAAUAGAAGAAAUAGAGAUUAUGGCCGUCGUCGCGACAGUUAUGGUGGACGUGAUCGAUCUCCUCGUCGUGCUGAGCUUCGUGAUAAUAGAAAUGGCAAAUAUGACCGUGACCGCAGAGACCGUGGAUAUAGUCAUAGAGAAGACCGUCGUAGGGAAGAUAUUCGUUAAUAUAAUACUAGUCUAGUUAUUUUUUUUUUAUUUAAGAAAAAAUAAAAUAAUAUACACAAUAGUUCGAAUAAGGAUCCAGAGGCUUUGUAGCCAAUCAAAUCAUUCUUUAAUUAAAUAAAUACUGUUUCUCCCAGAAAAAAAA